GUCCUCCUAGGGGUUUUCGAGCUCGUGUUUGCGUCGCCCUCCGAAUUCGUUAACGGUGAACAAUGUAGCAGCCGACGACGGCGACGUUUCAUCACCGGGAGGACAUUUAAAACGAACCCCCACCGGGACCGCUCGCUGAACGGAUGUUAAAUCUCAUAAUUUCAUUGGAGGUCAUUUUAACCUGAAAUCCCCCUUCUCAUUGGGAUCUAGAAAAGAGAAUAUUUGAUUCGUGGAUAUUUUGUCGGACAAAUCUAACCGCAAUGUAACGGCAUUUUUAGAGUGGUAAGCUGUCUUUCUAAGAGUGGAUGUCCGUUAUUGUUCGAUGAGAUGUGAGAGAGUUGUGAUUUCUGCUGCAGUCCUGCUGGUUUAACCUACAUGGGCUGUAGAAGGAACAAUAGCCUACAAUCUGUGGCUGAAUAGGUCGUUUGGCGGUGCGACCGCUAGGUUUCAGUGGAUAAGUGUUCACAUUGCAAAAUGAGACUUGGCUACAUUCACACAUAGUUUGGAGCAGAAUAUGGAUUUUUCUGUCGUCCUGGCUAAGAGUUGGGAAUGCGGUAAUGGAGAACCGGAAUAAUCCAAUACCACCAAUACCACUCGUGGCUGGAAGAAACGAAUAGACCCGUGGGAACGAGAAUGUUGGCGGCCCUGGAAAUUGUAGGCUGCAACACCGUAAAUCAAUCAACGACUGACUGAGUAAACGAAGUAUUGCUGAUUUGACCGUGGCGUCGGUCGACGGUACCAUAAAACAAACCGUCAAUAACGGAUAAUCGAUAUUUGAAUUGAUGACGGAAUCACAUCGAUGAUAACAACCCAUUCGGCGCACUACACUACUCCACGUUCAGAAGAGAAUCGUAGCCUAUGCGUGGGCGUUGUAAGCAGUGUUGUUGACCGGAGAGGACACAUAUUUCGGGCUGACAGAUUGGUAGUGACACCGGCGGGUCUCUGUGUGUGAGAGGAUGGCAGCGGUAGUAAACUACUCUCCCCCAUGGUGGGUCAACCUUCUCCACCGCCUCCCCCACUUCAACCUGCACUUUGAGACGGUCAGCAGCGACUUCAGCCCCGAGGACUCAGAGUACCAGAAGUCGGUGCUGUUGCUAGGCGGAAUAGCGUUGGUGUGUCUGGCUCUGGACCUCCUCUUCCUCCUCUUCUACUCUUUCUGGCUGUGCUGCCGACGACGCAAGAACCAUGACGACACACACUCUCACUCACACACACACCAGCCCCCCAACCCUGACUGCUGCUGUACCGCCUGGUGUGUCAUCAUCGCCACACUCGUUUGCAGUGCCGGCAUUGCCGUGGGUUUCUAUGGAAACGGGGAGUCAUGUGACGGAGCCAACCGACUGGCGUAUUCUCUACGGCACGCCAACCGCACUGUGGCAGGGGUCGACAAACUGGUGACGGACAGUGCCCUGUCUCUGAACCAGACAGUGGAGGGAGGUCUGGUCCAGUUGGAGACGGCCUACUCUGAACAGACUGACUAUGUGUCUAUCGUCCAGAAGCUCCAGGGUCAGCUGGAUGAACUGGUCAGACUCAUGGUGGACAUCCCCUUCUGGAGUAACUCUGAUAUCUCACUAGAAGACCUGGCCAUCAAGACUGAAGCCUUUGACUGGUACAGGUGGCUGGUAUACCUGACUCUGCUGCUGUUUGAUGUUCUGAUCUGUCUGCUGGUUCUGUUCGGACUGAUACGCAACUCUAAAGGCACUCUGAUUGGGGUGUGUUUGUUGGGUGUUCUGACUCUCAUCAUCAGCUGGGGGUCUCUGGGACUGGAGCUGGCAGCUGCCGCGACGGCCAGCGACUUCUGUGUUUCCCCGGACACCUACAUCACCAGGGUAACCAAGGAGAACGCUGUCAUCAACCAAGAUAUCCUGCAGUAUUACCUGAGGUGCAGCAGUGGCCAAUCAAAUCCUUUCCAGCAUAAGCUGUCUGGCAGUCACAAAGGCCUGGUUGAGAUGCAAGAUGACGUGGCAGAACUACUACAGUCAGCUAUAAGGGAUUACCCCAACACCAAGGGGACUCUGGAACAGAUUCAGACUGUAUUGAACUCUACGGAGGUUGGCCUUCAUCAACUCACUGCUCUGGUCGACUGUCGCAGCCUGCACAUGGACUAUGUCCAGGCUCUAACAGGGUUGUGUUAUGAUGGAGUGGAGGGGCUGAUCUACCUGGUGCUGUUCUCCUUCGUCACAGCUCUCAUGUUCUCCUCCAUCGUCUGCAGUGUGCCACACACCUGGCAGAGCAAGAGGACGGAUGAUGAGGAUGGAGAAGACGAGUCUGCUGCCCAAGGCAAUCGGGGGGCGGGUCCUCAUGAUAACCUGUACCGCGUGCACAUGCCCAGUCUCUACAGCUGUGGUAGCAGCUACGGCAGCGAAGCUAGCAUCCCCGCUACGGCCCACACUGUCAGCAAUGCCCCUGUCACUGAGUACAUGACCCAGAACGCAAACUUUCAGACCCCCAGGUGUGAGAACACGCCUCUGAUUGGCAGGGAAUCCCCUCCACCCUCUUACACCUCGAGUAUGAGAGCCAAGUAUCUGGCCACCAGUCGACCGGACCAGAACCGACGGUCAGUCCCCAAUGACCAGUUGGACCCGGCCAGCCGUCCACAUCCCCUCACCAGACCACAGUCAUCUGUCCAUUAGAACCUUCCAGAACCUACCAAAACCUUCUAGAACCUAUUAUAACCUACCAGAAUCUUCUAGAAAGAACUCAUCAACCAAAAAAGAACGAGAACCAAUUUUCCAUUCCACUAAAGAACCACAACCCACUAGAACUACCAACUCCUUAGAACCUGUUGACACAGUAGUCCUCUUAUAGAACCAGAAGCACUAAGGAUCAUAACCACCUCCUCAGCCCACUAAAAGAAUACUUCUCAGAUUCACCUGAACAGACCACAGUGGGUUGAAAAGCAGAGCCAACCAACGGACCAAGCAGCCCAACUCACCAGAACAGAAACUCAUCUCAUCAGCCAACCAACACCAACCUACCUACAGACUCCAGAAGAUCACCAUGAACCUUGUAGAUCUCACCCCCCCACCUCUCCUCAGCUCCCCAGCUCCAUCUCCGCUACAACUAUCCCACAGUCCCACUCAGCUCUACACCAGCUCAAACUGGAUCCUCCACCUCUUUACUAAGUAUACUGCCCUCUGGUGGUGACUGCCGGUAUGAGCAUGUUUACUAAGUAUACUGCCCUCUGGUGGUGACUGCCGGUAUGAGCAUGUUUACUAAGUAUACUGCCCUCUGGUGGUGACUGCCGGUAUGAGCAUGUUUACUAAGUAUACUGCCCUCUGGUGGUGACUGCCGGUAUGAGCAUGUUUACUAAGUAUACUGCCCUCUGGUGGUGACUGCCGGUAUGAGCAUGUUUACUAAGUAUACUGCCCUCUGGUGGUGAUUGCCGGUAUGAGCAUGUUUACUAAGUAUACUGCCCUCUGGUGGUGACUGCAGGUGUGAGCCCCCCCCCCACACACACACACACACGCACACACACACACCCUGUAUAGAACUGUAAAUAGUGAAAUAGUAUGAGUUACAUUCUGGAGGAAGACUCAACUGAAACAUGGUGGUAUAUAGAUGUAUUUAGAGUGUGUGUUUCCAAGGACUGAGGCUGUAUCACAUUCUAGGCCACACACACACACACACAGACACACACACACACACACACACACACACACACACACACACACACACACACACACACACACACAGAGGCCUGUACGUGUGUGUACCUCUCUCUACUCUACCUGCCUCUGUAAACAACCCUCCUGCCACUAGGACACCGAAUCUGACUGCAAAACGGCCCCUGCACUCUGCAAAACGCUCCAACAUUCCUGUAACAUCUGGUGUUUUUAACUUUACUGUUGUGCAGGGCUGUUGUGCAGACAGACCAUGUGGCCUGAAAGUGAUUCAGAAAGCCAUGUUGUGGAGUAACCACUCUCUGUGAUGUCUGAAUUAAACUGUAGGUAGAUUUAGCCACCACUGUACAGCAGUGACGUGUUACAUUUAGCCUGUGUAAGAGCCACGUUAACUAACUACACGUAUGACUACAACUUGAAUCGUGAGCUCUCUUGAGUGUGUUCUGUGUUCUGUGUGUUUGCGUGCGUCUAACGCACAUGUAAAUAUGAGUCCAGGACCGAACGGAACAUGGUGGAAUUCCAAACAUUCUGAAAUCAGAUUCCAGAGAAACAGUUUGCAUUCCCAAACUAACUCUGGGACUGAAUGAAAAGACGAAAGGACAUGGGAGAGCUCACCUGUGGGCUCAUAACUCUGUAUAAUGAGGGAUGUUGAACUCUCCUAAACUAAAGGACAUGGGAGAGCUCACCUGUGCCAAAAUAACUGAAUAUUGAGGGAUGCUGAACUCUCUUUAUCUCGUCAUUCCUUUUUUUAGUUCCUUAAUUCUCAGAAAGGGAAAAUAAAUCCUGGAUAAUGUUGGAUCAUACAGUGAAAGACAGAGAAAGACUUUUAAAAUAAAAUGUGUUUUUAAUUUAGUUAAAAAAUGUAACUUGAUAAUGAAGCAUUGGGUGCUGUGACCAACUUUCUCUUAAAAAAAAAAUGUUUACUUAUUAUUUCGUCAAACAGGGAUCUUCUUUAACGACCUCAGACUAAAGGUCACGAUGAGGUUAGAGGUCACAACCUUUCUCAAACAGGAAGUUUUUUUCUUCUUCUCAGAAGCACAAACGAUCUUCGAGGUGACUAUGGGAGACGGAAAAGAAGAACACCCACGCGUUGAUGUAAAGUGUGUGCGCUGUGGGAACACUUAAAGCCUCGUGAAACAUGAGCUCUUGUCCUGUUUCACGGUGAAGUGAAAGGAAACGUGAGCGGUGCAGCGGUCUGUCUCCUUAUCCAGGUUAGGGGCCGACCAUAGUUAGAUAGAGGACUCUCUAAAAACCCUCUUACUUUACUAGGUACUCUAUCUAACUCCAUGGGGCUGCCAGUAGUUUAUCUCUAGGGGCCGACCAUAGAGUAAGAUAGAGGACUCUAAAGUUCAGUCUUAAUUUACUAGGUACUCUAUCUAACUCUAUGGGUCUGCCAGUCGUUCUCUCUCUCGCUACUAUGUGCUGUGAAGUGUAUGAUGAUAAUAGUGUAGCUGUAAUCUCUCUCAUCACUCUUGUGUGUGAUGCUCGUCCAGUGUAGUCUUGGUAUUGCUCUCUUCUCUCCUGUGUGUGCUGUCUGUCUGUACGUACAGUACAGUGGUCUGUGUGUGUGGUUGCCAGCAAAUUAAGGGUCGUUACUAUUAUUCAAUCUUUAUCUAAGAAACACACACACACACACACUAACAUUCAUUGCAGACCCACACAUUGCAGACAUACACACACAUACACACUAUUCUUUAUUUCUAGCCAUUGUCCUGAGAACUGUCACUCACACACCAUAGAACUACAGUACCCAUACACCCUCACUCCUGUAAUUUGACACUGGUUAGCGUUUUGCAUCAUGGGAAAUGUAGUGUAUUAACUAGAGGGAUUUCCAGUUAAUGGGAGAAAGAGUCCAUAGGAAUGAUCGUUCAAACGAUCUUGAUUAACUCGCUCUGGGUAGAAGUUGCCUUUAAUCACAGAUCUAGGAUCAAUUUACUCUCCCAUUAUCCUAAUCUUAACCAUUAGGCGGAACACAAAACAUUUCUUAGAUCAGUGUCUAGGAAGCAACUUCAUCCUACCAUGACAAGCUCAGUGUGUGUGUGUGUGUGUGUGUGUAUAAUUUACUGUGAAUGAAAGACCACUUCUCUGUCGUUUUCAGCGAGACAAUCGUUACUGGCGUGAUUCCACUCGUUUUUAAUGUUCUGUUUAUCACGUCACCAUGACAACGCUACCUAUACUACGGCGUUUGCACGACGGGAGAGGACCAAAAAAAAUACUGUUGGAAACUAAGAACCAAUGGCCUUUUCUUAAACUUGUAACAAUCUAAUAACGCUUCAUAUCACACGUUUUAAUUUGUCUGUCUUCUAAAAAAUGAAUCAUAAAAAAACAACAAUAGCUAGCUCUUUUGUAGGCUAAUAAUAAUAAUUAUUAUUAUGGCAAGAGCACCAUUUGUUUUCUGUUUUUCUUUAUAAUAAUGCUGAAUGACUGUCUUGAAUUGCAUUUUUUUUUUAUAAAACCGUACUGUAGACAUGUUCAUUUUUUUGAUGGUUGUUUUUAUGUCCCCGGCGACAACGGUUUACUAAGAUGAUAAUACUGUCUGUUCUAAACUGUGGUGGUGACAUUAUUGAGCCUGGAAUCCAUGUUUUAAAAACACAAUUAAAACAACUUUAACUGA